AUGUAUCGGAAACUGUUUGUGUCGUUGCUUCCGCAUCUGCUCGUUUGCAACACCUUGGCUAAACCUGUCAUUUACGAGACUGUCGAGGGCGAUGUCGCCGCCGUUGGCUCAUUCAUUCGUGAGAUACGCCAACCGGCGCCGCUGAAAGUCGCUGCGGAAGUAGAGGACCUAAUGAGCGCUGGUAACGCACCGAAGUCACGAGAUGCUAAAAAACGCAUGAAAAACGCAUCUGGCAAAUCAGACGAGGGCGGUUACUACAGAACCUUCGGCAGCGAUGCGGACGGUGAGAAGGGUUACUUGAAGGAAACCUAUGGUAAAGGUGAUCAAGGCUACAAGACUCUCGACACCUUCCACAAACAGAACGGUGACAAGUAUGAGUUUGAGACGCAAACCACCUAUGGCAAAGUCAACGCCGACAAUAACAGCAAGAAGAAUCAUGAAGAGAAAAAGAAUGACGAUCACGAGGGCGCAGGUACUAUGGUCGAUACAGACUACGCCGGCGACGAAGGCGAUCACGGUGAAGGAGGCGAAUACUCGCACCAUACCGGAGGCGAUGACGGAGGUCAUUACAGUAGCCACUACACGGUGAAAGAACCAGAAUCAAGUUAUAGCCGCGGUGAAAAUUAUUCUUCUGGUGACGGUGACGAGGGAUCUUAUGAAACUCACAGUUCUUACAGCUCCGACGGAGACGGAGAAGAGGAGGGAGAUCAUUAUUAACU